AUGGCAAUGCAAUUGGAUUUGUCCCAAGCGCAGUUCUUGAAGGAUGAGACUGGACGACCUUUUAUCGUCGUUAGAGAUCAAGGAUCCAAGAAGCGGACUCAUGGCACCGAUGCCGUGAAACAGCAUAUUGUCGCUGCGAGAACCGUCGCAAAUAUCGUCCGAACCUCUUUGGGCCCCCGAGGCCUCGACAAAAUCCUCAUCUCUCCAGAUGGGGACAUCCAGAUAUCCAACGACGGCCGAACCAUAAUGUCUGAAAUGGAACUCUCUAAUCCAAUUGCGAAACUCAUGGUUGAAUUGUCAAAGUCGCAGGACGAUGAGAUUGGCGACGGCACAACCGGUGUAGUUGUUCUCGCUGCUGCCCUCCUUGACCAAGCUGCAGAUCUGAUCGACAAGGGUAUUCACCCUAUCCGUAUCGCUGAUGGCUUUGACCAAGCCUGUGAGCUCUCUGUGGCUCAUCUGGACAAGAUCAGCGAUGAAAUCACUUUCAGCAGAGAAAAGCAGGAGAAUCUUCUAAAGGUCGCUAAAACCAGUUUGGGCAGCAAAAUCGUCAGCAAGGCCCAUGACCAGUUCGCCAAGAUUGCAGUGGAGGCUGUCAUGUCAGUUGCUGACCUCGAGCGCAAAGAUGUCGAUUUCGAACUCAUCAAAGUGGAUGGCAAGGCUGGCGGUUCCAUAGAAGAUUCCCUUCUGGUCAAGGGCGUCAUUGUUGACAAAGACUUCUCCCAUCCACAGAUGCCCACUGAAGUCAGAGAUGCCAAACUCGCCAUUCUGACAUGUGCCUUUGAACCUCCCAAACCCAAGACAAAGCACAAGCUUGACAUCUCUUCAGUCGAAGAGUUCAAGAAGCUACAGAACUACGAGAAGACUAAAUUCGUUGAGAUGAUUGAUUUGAUCAAAGCCACCGGCGCCAACCUUGUCAUCUGCCAAUGGGGUUUUGACGAUGAAGCCAAUCAUCUCCUACUCCAGAACAAACUUCCAGCGGUGCGAUGGGUCGGUGGGCCCGAAAUUGAAUUGAUUGCUAUUGCGACCAAUGGGAGAAUUGUACCUCGAUUUGAGGAUUUGAGCAAAGAGAAACUCGGCAAAGCUGGGCUUGUCAGAGAAAUGACUUUCGGUACCACACGUGAAAAGAUGCUCGUGAUCGAAGAAUGUGCAAACACAAGAGCUGUGACCGUCUUUGUCCGCGGCAGUAACAAAAUGAUCAUCGAUGAAGCCAAGAGGUCGUUACAUGAUGCACUUUGUGUCGUCCGGAAUUUAGUGAGGGACAAUCGAGUUGUGUACGGUGGUGGUGCCGCCGAGAUUGCAUGUUCACUAGCUGUCGAGGAUGCUGCUUCGAAAACCCCGGGCUUGGAGCAAUAUGCCAUGCGAGCCUUCGCAGAUGCCCUCGAUGCGAUUCCUAUGGCUCUCGCAGAGAACUCGGGUCUAAGUCCAAUCGAGACAUUGGCAGAUGUCAAGUCACGACAGCUGAAGGAGCAGAACUCUCGAUUAGGUGUGGAUUGUAUGGGAACAGGAAACAACGCUACAGAUAUGCGAGAAAGCUUUGUCAUUGACCCUCUGAUCGGAAAGAGACAACAGCUCCUCCUAGCCACUCAGUUAUGUCGGAUGGUUCUUAAGAUCAAUAAUGUGAUUGUUGCAGGAAAUGAUGAGAACGAGUUUUAG